AUGUUUGGACACAAAGAUAUUCGCUUUAUUAAAUCUCUAGUUAGGUUAAAUUCUUCCACACCAAAGGAGUUUGUGAACAGAAACCCUAGAAAUUUGGAAAGAAUGCGAAUAGGACGUAAACCUGAUGGAUACCACUUAGAUAAACCUGGAAGAAAAUUUUGGCACAAACUAGCCAUCACAGCUUCAAACCGAACAGUUACAGCACAAGUAUUACACUAUAUUAAUGGCCCAGUAAUUGAAGCCAAAACAUCAGAAUGGGCCUUACAGAAACAACUUUAUAGUAUUGUUGAUACAUGUGCAUACAUCAACCUAGGCAGAGUUCUUGCCCAAAGAUGUUUGGAGUGUGGAAUUUAUGAAAUGUACUGUGAUUUAAAACCACUAGAAGGAAGCAAGGUGGAGAAAUUUUUAAAAGAAUUUGAGAACGGGGGUAUUAAACUACAAGAACCAGAUGUUUAUAAAAAUCCACAUCCAUGGGACCAGUAUAGACCGGAAAAACCAUGGGAGGUUACAGAAGAGUGA